GAAUAAUGCAAGCGAUAAUAAAGUUUUGAAGAGUGGCUAGAUAGCAGAGUCUACCUUUAUUUGCAGUUAUCAUUCAGCUGUGAAUAGAAUCGGAUGAAUCUUAGUUUAUUUCGGGAUUCAACGUCACACACUGCACUCUGUUCAAAUCGGGUUUGUGCAUCAAACUACAUAGAUAUUGAUUGAUUGAUUAUAUGCCUUUACUAGGGUGGAGUUAGGACUCCUGGUCCUCUCUGCCACAUAACCCUAAGAGAGAGAGACAGAGAGACAGAGAGAGAGAGAGAGAGAGUGAGUGGGAUUAAGUGAGAGUGUGAGAGAGAACUCCAGGAUGUCUACGUUGAUAAGAGCAGUAGCUACUUUUCUGUUUUUAUUUUGGAUUGGAACGGGGGAGAAAGUGGAAAGUUUGAAAUGGAAUAUAGAUAAAAUGAACAACAAUUUGAUUUAUCAAAUUUCGCACAAUGAUACUGUAUCAGAUCAGCACAACCAGGAAGACUUGGAUCCCAAAGAAAUUGUGUCAAAAAUGUUGGAGAAGCUGAAAAAAAUACUGAAAAAUGGAGAUAAAGAACAUGAUCUGCCUUCCGUUGAUCCACAAUGGUUCAGCAUUAAACGAAAAGUUGAAGAGGAAAAUUUACAGUUGACAAUGAUUUUCGAUGGUCAAGUAAGCAAUACAUCCAAUCUUCAAUGGACCAACCUCUUCACAUGUCCUCUGACGAUGCAAAUCCAAAUGGAAGUUUUAGUGGAAGAUGUGUUUAUAAAUGGCACAUACAAUUUGACUGGAUUGGCAUACGAUGCUUUUCCUAUAUUUGGAGAUGGUGAUUUCCAGAUAAACAUUGACGAUAUAAGGUUGGUAAUAACAGCAGAAUUAAGUCCUAAGCAGGGAGAUAAUCCAUUGGAAAUGGAUAAUCUCAAUGUACAUUUUAUGGAUCUUCAAGGAUUGAGGAUGAACUUUGAGAACCUGAUGGGAGAUGCUGACAUGGCUCUUCUACUCAGUCAACUGGCGGCCGACUUUUCAGAAAAAGUUGCUUACGAUGUGGUUUCAGAAAUGGAAAAAACACCAAACGAAGUGAUUUAUAGCAUCGUUUCUGAUAGGAUAAGUCAACUUACACUGCUGGAUAUUGUCAGUUCCAUUAAUAACUUCUAAAGAAUUCAUUCUACAGCAUCAUGGUCCAUUUAUGAAUACUUGGUCUAUGUAAUCUAGAAAUAUGACCAAUAAAAUAUUUAUUUAUUUAUUCUUCUGAAGAUUCAUCUUUGAACAUCUAAAUUCAUUACCAAACAGAAGGAGCUGGAGAUAUUGCAUUAAAUACUUAUUAAUAUGAAUGAUUGUGAACAUUUAGUAGUACAUACAUUUUUGGACUCAAAAUAGUGUGUGAAUUAAGUUAUCAUUUACACAACCUCUAGACUGUGUAUUCCAAAUUAAGGUUUAAAGCAGUUUUGGGUGAAUGCUUGUUGUUUUUACCUGCAUUGUAUCUAUUGUCUAUGAAUAAUUUUGAUC